GCCAAACAACGGGGAAGACGUCAUGGCGGUUCUGAAUGCUUGAUCAGGAACCGGCGAUCAGUGUCGUGCGGUUGACUGUUGUACUAGUUUGCCGCGGCGUAAUUGCAUGAUCAAAGUGUAAUUCCUCAUCGGAUUCUGUAAAGCCGCAGCUGAAACCCACGGUCAUGUCUAACUACGAGGAUGGGGCGUCGUCAAACGAGCCAUACGACGUGACCCCGAUUUUGCAGUCUCGCUACUUUAUUCUCCCUGCAUCGGCAGCAUUCGUGGGGGUAUUCAUCGGGGCAGUGCGUGGAUCUCGCCUUGCAUCACUCCGUUUUCUCGCCGAGAAUGCACACCGGCCGCCCAAAACAAUUCGGGGAUGGUAUCUCUACAAUAAAACGAAAAACUACAAACGAAUGGCUGCAGGAUUGAAAUCCGGGGGUAAGGAUGCGGCGAAACUCGGAGUGACUGGACUAGUUUGGGUUGGGAUUGAGGACGGAUUAGGGGGAUGUGGGACGCCUUGGGAUGAUUUGAAGGAGGUCGGAGCGGGUGCGGGCACUGCAGGGGCGUUCGCGGGUGUGUACCAACUACCGUGGCGUACGGGGAGACGUGCAUUAUUGCUUGGGAUGAUGAUUGGUGGGGGAAUGGGAUUUCUGCGAUGGGCCCGGAAAUACUUGCGAAAGGCAGUUGAUGCCCGAGAUUCAGAUGAAAUCGAAGUUGAAUGAAAGAUCGAAUUCUCUGCCUCGCCUGACCUCGAAUUCUAGAUAUUUGUAGAUUCCAUUUUAUGAAACAUUUUUUGAAAUUUUAGGAUAUCUUUGAUGUAAAUUUAUCGGUUAAAUUUUACUGAGUCUAGGACCUCGUCGA